UUGUCUUGUUAUUUAUUGUAAAAUCGCAGGAUGGUUAAAAAAAGAGCUAUUAUUUGUCCAUAUCUGUCUUAUAUGGGAAAUAUAUACAUAUGAAGAUUAAUUUAUGAACGUAAAUGAUUGAAAAAUGAAACGCAAAAAAAGCCCAUUACCGAAUCGCAGAGGUGGUACAUCCACGGAUAGCAAUGAUUCAACCAAAGCUGGUCUCCAUCAGUCAAGUAACGUUAUGAUGUCUAGUCCCGCUGUCCUUCACCCACCUUCAUUUUUAGUUACUGCAUCUCCAUCUUUACUUACAGCUUCUCAUCCUGCUGUUAACCACUCUACUGAUGAAUGGAGCAAUAUGGAAGAUACUGGUGAUGUGGAUGCUAGAGUUUCCAGUGGGAGUUUACCUUCAUUAGGCAGUAAUGAAGCUCUGCACUUUUGUGAUGAAAUUGACUAUGGUUCCUCCCACCCACCAGAUCUUCAAAGAACUAAAGCUGCAAUUGAACAUCUACAUCAAAAAAUAGCUCGCACAAAAGAACUCAUCAAAUCUGAGCAAACUGCUAGAGAUGAUAAUGUCAAUGAGUAUUUAAAAUUGGCUACAAAUGCAGAUAAGCAACAAUUACAAAGAAUCAAAAGUGUGUUUGAGAAGAAGAAUCAAAAAUCUGCUCAGAUGAUAACACAGUUGCAAAAAAAAUUGGAAAACUAUAAUAAAAGGAUUAGAGAUUUAGAAGUUCAUGGUCUUCCUCGAGGAGUGCUUAGAGACAUGGGACAAAAUUUGAAAACUGUUAUGGCUAAACCAAGAGAAUUUGCACAUCUUAUAAAGAAACAAUUUGGAAGUGCUGAUAAUAUUAACUCGAUCGCAAAACAUGAAGAUACUCUUGAGGAACCAGAAGUAAAUAUUCAUGGCAGUGCCCUUUCCACUCACAGAUAUACUUCUGAUGAAGAAAAUUCCAGUAAUACAUCAGAAUCCGGCCGAAAUGCUGCCGAAGCUCAUGCACAUGCACCAACUGCCAGUCCACAUCAUCAUCCAGCACUGCAUAGUCUGCCUUCUGGAACAGAAUCAGUUGUAGUUCACACUUUAAACCCUGCAUCUCUUGACCUGGAACCCAUUCUACAUGAAUUGAGAUCCCAAAGAGAUGAAUAUCAGCAUUUGGUAGAAGAAAUAGAAUCUGUCAAAAGUCAAAUUCAGCAGGAAUCAACAUAUUUUAGUCAAGCUUUACAAGAAGAAAGGUACAGGUAUGAGAGGCUGGAGGAACAAAUGAAUGAUUUAAUAGAACUACAUCAAAAUGAAAUAGAAAAUCUUAAACAAGGAAUAGCAGAUAUGGAAGAAAAAGUUCAGUAUCAAAGUGAAGAAAGACUAAGAGAUGUUCAUGAUGUCCUAGAUAGUUGCCAAACUCGUAUUUCACGCAUGGAACACCAGCAACAUCAACACCUGCAGCAAUUGGUAUCUUUAGAUGCAGUAGAAAAUUCUCAAGCUCGUGCACUUCUAUUGAAGCUAAUAAAUGUUGCACUUACUGUUCUGCAAGUCGUUUUGCUUUUAGUAGCAACUUUAUCAAACAUAAUAAUGCCUUUUCUGCGAACACGGGUUCGAACUCUUACCACACUCCUACUUAUACUUGUAAUUGUUACUGUUUGUCAUCAAUGGCCUGAACUUCUUGAACUCUGCCAUUCAAAGGCUGUCAAGUUUUUACCUCCUAUCACAAAAUAGUUACUGAUAAAUCAUUUAUCAAAAAUUUCAAAAUUUUACUCAGAGUAAUAAAAUUAUGUGAAAGAGAUUUAAAAGUGGUAUUUUAGUGAGAAUGUACAUAUAUGUGUUAACUGUAUUUAGAAGUAAAUGUCAAAAAAUGUACAAACAUGUUUUUACAUGACUGACUGGGAUCAUUGCUAUUGAUGAAGAAUUUAUUGUGUGAAAUUCUAAAUUAUCAGUAUUACAAUCUUUUAUUAAGCAGUAUUCAUUCUAUUUUAUUAAUUCAUGCAUUUGUUAUUCUGGAACAAGAAUCUUUUUGAUAUCAGUGUUUUACCAAAGCAAUAAACAUGCUUUUAAAAACAGAUUUAAAUAUUGGUAUGUUUAAGAAUGCUUGAUUAUUAUAACCAAUUUUAUUUUGGCAGAUUUUCUGACAUAUUUUCUUUUUAACUUUUAAGCUGAUGAUUAAUUUUGUUUUUGGCUGAAUAAUGAUUAAUUGCUUGUACACGUAAAAUCCUGAUCAACUUUCUUUAACUUCUAGAAAGGGAAGCUACACCACUGUAAGAAUUUCCUGCAAAAAAUUUAUUCUUUGCCAUAUAGUGAACUGAAACGUUUUUGUAUGGUUUUUCAUGUCUUAUUUGAGUAGGUGAUCUUGGUUAUAUAAGUCUUUUUUUUAUUUACAGGCCAAUUUCUGCACCCUACGUUUUUUCCUUAUUAUUUUUAAGCCAAUUUUUAAUUCCUUGUAAAAACUCACCAUUCCAUAGCUAUUGUAUUUUUGAAACUUAUCACCUAUUAUUCCAAAACCAAAGUAUCAAUACUUUAACAAUUUUAUUUCUACUGAAACAAACUGUGCACUAAACCAAUUAUUAAUUUAACACCAAACUUUAAGUACCAUGAAUAUUAACCAAUGUUAAUAUGCAUGGCUGCGCAAUGUGCAUGCAGAAAUACUAAUGAUAAUAAUUAAACCGCAUAUGCGAUACAAUCUCACUAAUGCUCCAAAAUAUUAAUAAAUAGAUUGCAUGAAACAUGGCUAAAAAGUUUUUUUUAAACUCGUUUCAAAAUACUUUUCAAUGGUGACAUAAUAUAAAUAAUAAUCAAUUGUAUAAUUUUAUAAAUUAUUCUCUGGUGAUAAAAAUAAAAUCUAUAAAAAUAAAUAUAAAAAGAACUCAAAACAAUAGUAUAAUAUAUGUAACGUGUAUCACUAGCACAGCCAGAAUCUUUCUUUUCUUUGUUUUUAUAACAGGCCAAAAUUUUCUUCUGUUGAGGGGUUUUUUUUUUUGGUUAUACAAUCUCCCACUGAAAUAUGCUAGGAUUGACAGUAUGACUUAAAACUAAGCUAUAUAGAGGAUAACCUCCAUGCUUCCCCUUUGGAAUAGUGUCAAUUAUUAAAAUUUCAAAUUAAUUAUUUUUAAUUAACAAUCUACAUUGAUUAUUGCUUUUGUAAAACACCUGCAAGUCUGAUGACAAUUGGGGUUAUCAGUGAUUUGAAAAUAAUAUCUAAAAAGGUAGUGUAACACAUUCAAAAUAGUUUUAGAAAAUUUGGAAAUCACAAAACAAAGAAAGAACAAAAAGUGAUUAAAAAUUUUGACAUUUUGCGAGAAAUCUGUAAAAACGCUGCAGUAAUACAUAAAACAUUUAAGUUAAAGUUAUUAUAAUGGUGAAACUGAAAUAUAAUAGAAUUUUUUUUUAUUAUUUUUAGCAUUUUUUUUUUCACUAACUUACAUGUAUUUAACUUUAUUUAAUCAUACAAGGCAUAUAUUUUAUUUUGUUAUGAUUUUAUCUUACAGUAACCUUUCAGUUGAACAGGCCUCCUCCAACCCCUUCCAUUGUGUAUGAGCUUUUUUGAGCUUAGUACUGUUUGUCAAGUAUGUUUUUAAAAAAUUUCGGUUAAUUUUGAGAAUUAGAGUAUUGUAUGAAAUUACAAUUUUCACAAACUAUAUUUCAUUGAAGAGUAUCUCAUGUAAAUGUUUUUGUAUCUAGCCUUAAUACAUGUGCCUUCGAAAGAUAUUAAGGCUAGAAUUAAUUUUAUAUAUCAUUUUAGUGUAGAAUACUUUUACAUGAAAUUUAAAUUAUUUUAUUUAGGAAAAGCAAGUUUUAGCAAAUGCAUGACUUCGUGAUUAAAUCAUGAGCAUUGUAUAUUUUAAAGUAUAUACUAAAAAUAAUUGUAAUAGUAUACUGAAGUGAAUUAAAUGAAUUGAGUAAAAUGAAAAUGAGACUUUGGAGCAAGGUAAUUUUUUCAAACAUAAAUUUGUGUUUAUUAAAUGUACAAUUUUUUGUUCUAUGAAUUUGAUCUGUUUAUGAUGGUAGUUAAUUGCUUUGCUUAAAAUUUUCCAAUUUUCAAAUUUUACUUAAGUUUUAUUUGUAGUAUCUUUUCAUAUCACAAUGAAAAAUCACAUCAAUUGUUUGUGCACGUGUGCUUUAAAUCUGUAUGCUUGGUCUUUCCAUUAAAGCCAUACUGCACAUUUUCAAUGCCACAUUUGUACAUUUGAUUGUGUAAAUCUAUAUUUGGAUAGUAUAGAUGCUUCUCUCUCUCUCUCUCUCUCUCUUUUUUUUUUUUUCCAAAUUGGUUAGUAUAGUAUUUUUCUUAAUAUAAUCACUCACUUCCCCACUCACAAAAGUUCUUCAUUUUAGUAUACUUUUUGCAUAGAUUAUAGAAGAUUAGCAACAGGAAAGAAGCCAAAUCAAACUGGCAAUGCCCUGUGGUGAAAAAAUGUGAUAAAACAAAACAUGCGCCAAGUGGUAUGGCUCUAAUAGAAAUUUAUUUUGUUUUCAUAAUGAUGUUUUAUGUUAUUAUAAGUUUUAUUUCAUGUUAAACUAUUUGUAUAGUAAAACAUGAUUGUUAAUUUCCUCUUAGUUUAUUUAUUUUUGUUGUGCAAUAAAUACUGUUGGACAGUUUAUGUAUUGUUUAAAUUAUUAUUAUUUGAAAGUAUCUUUCUGUAUAUGAAUCAUUUUAAACUUCAGUAUUAUACCAUAUGCAGUUGUGAUGAUUUACUGUUUUUCUGCUUUUCCUUGCAUUCCAGUUUAUGUGGAUAAACAGUGACUUGUAUGAAAGUGCUUCAAAAAUUGCAUGAAUAAAAAUU